AUGCAGGCCCGCAGCCUCGAGCUCCAGCGCAUGCGCGCGCGCACGGCCGAGGCGCGCCUCAGCGCCGCCGCCCGGGGCCGGCGCGCGUCGGCCGUGCGCCGCGCGGCGACGGCCGGCGGCGCCGCGCUGCCGCGGCGGCCCAAGUGGGACUUUACGCUCGAACCGCCAGAGUUCGCGCCGGACGCGCUCCGCGACCGGCCGCCCCUCCCGCGGCCGCUCUGCCGCCAGGGCCCGCGCCUGCGGCCGGCGCCGCCGCCGGAGCUGCCGCCGCCGGCGCUGCCGCCGCCGGAGCCCGACGCGCCCGACGCGCCGCCGGAGCCCGAGGAGCCCGACGCGCCCGCGCCGCCGGAGCCCGACGCGCCGGAGCCCGAGGAGCCCGAGGAGCCCGCGGCGCCCGCGGCGCCCGCGCCGCGGCUCCGGACCUGCGAGCGGUGCAACGUCGAGUACGAGGGCGAGCACGUCUGCCAGCGGUCGCCGUUCCGGCUCCACCGGCGGCCGCGGACCGUGUCGAGCAUGGUCGCGUCGCGGAGCGCGGCGACCCUCGCGCGGCGCGCGGGCUCGGCGCUGCCCCGGUCGCGGUCCGCGCCGAACUUCCUGCGCCAGUGCCCGCGGUGCAUGGUCCUCUACCAGGGCGACCUCCACGAGUGCGGCCAGUAA